AUGGCGACGCAGAACAAAAACGAACAGGAACCAGUGGAGGAUUUCGACCCUUCGAACUUGAAGAGAAAAAGUGAUGGGUUCUUCUCCAGAACUUUUAAGAGACUCAAGGAGAAGCUACAGGAGAAUGAAGUCGAUGAGGGAGAGCCGCCAAAGAAGCCGCAGAACGAGCAGUCAGAUCAACCGCCUGAGCAGCCUUCAGACCCUCAGGCCAACCUCCACCAUCGUGUGCACAUCUCAAACAAUUUAAAGCAGAAUAAAAAGACUAAAAAAAUUAUAGACGAAGAUUACGAAAGGGAUCCGGAGGAAGCGGGAGGGGGCGGCAAAAAGGGAAGCGAUGAACCAACAGAAAACACUAGGAAGAAGCCCAAAAGUGUGAAUAAUCACCAAGGCAAAAGUGCGGCGAAGAAGGCACCGACGAAACAUGACAGUGUAAAAAGCAAGGGAGAUUUAAAAGUUACAAAUCCGAAUGGGAAUGAUGUAGAAAAGGGGACGAGUAACGAAAGAGAGUCAAGGAAUAACCCUUCUGUAGAAAAGGAAGUUAGAAGCCCCAAGAGUGGUGCCAAGGAGAAGGGAGGUGAAGAGGUACACGAUGAGAAGAUACACGAAGAAAAGGUGGACGAAGAAAAGAAGGACGAAGAAGAGGAGGACGAAGAAGAGGAGGACGAAGAAGAGGAGGACGAAGAAGAGGAGGACGAAGAAGACGACGAUGAUGAAGACGACGAUGAAGAGGUGGACGACGAAGAGGCAGACGAAAUGAAAGGAUUCAUCGUGGACAGCGAAGAAGAGGAGGAGAAUGAUGACGAAGAAGAAGGCAAAAAGAAAAAGAAGAAGAAGAAAAAAAAAAAAAAAAAUUAUGAUUAUUUUGAAAACAAAAGCCUAGACGAAGAAGACCUAGAGCUAAUCGCAGAAAACACAGGAAUGCAAGUAAUUAGAAACGAAAAAGACACGAAACAUCGAAGAUUAAAAAAGAUUAAAGAUUUGCAAGGCGGAGACCACGACAAUGAUGAUGACGACGACGAUGAAUUGUAUGCAAUUACGGCAAAGAGCGAUGACAAAAAUGACAACAAAAUCGAGCGACUAAGGGAUAAAGACUACUUUAUUGACGACAGCGAAACGACACUGAAGAAGCAGAAGGCCGAUCAGAAAAACAGCUUGUUCACUUACGAAGAAAGCGAGUCUGAUGCUGGAGAAAAUGAAAACGACCAAGAGGAAGAAGAAGGGUACCCAAUCUCGUCCGACAAUAUUUACAAAACAGAUUCGUACAUCCACGAAAUUAUUAGCCAAACGUUUGGAGACGUUAAUGCUGUCCUGGACAUCAUUAAUGUAUCUCCUGCGAAGAAGAAGAAAAAAUACGAUUACGAAAAUGAUGAGGAUGACGAUGAUGAGGAGGAUGAUGCGGAGGAAGAUUACGAUGAUAACCACGACGAUGACGUCCACGCGGGGAGACACCGUGAAGGCCAUCGCGACGACAACCUGUUCUCUAGAGACAUCCUUCUGGACGAUGAUGAGGAGGAAGGACCCAGGAGGAUUAAAAAGAAGAAAAAAAAAAAAUCGGUAAGCUUUUUCGAUCAAAUUAAUCAAGACAUGAACAAGAAGGGGUUGGAGGAGGACUCCGAUUACGAGAUGGACGCGGAUGAAGAGGAACAUGAGCGGUACGUCGCGGAGGAGGAAGAAGAGGACGACGAAGAGGACGACGAAGAAGACGACGAUGAUGACGACGAUGAUGACGACGAUGAUGACGACGAUGAUGACGACGGUGUAGAUGAUGAGGACGACGAACUGGACGGUGACAGCGACCGCGAGCAUGAUCGCCAACUAUACGAGCGCGAAUUCAAGCAAGUGUGUGACGAAGAGUACGAAAAAUUUGAGGAAUACGAGGAAUACGACGACUUUGACGAAUUUGACGAUCUGCCCUACUACGAGGACGCCAUAAGGAAGAGAGACAAGUAUGGCGAGGGGAAAGGCCGAAAGGGGAAAAUGAAAAAGGUUUUAAGCACCCUAGAUGGGAGCGCCAAAGGGGAAGAAGAGGAAGAGGAAGAAGAUGAGGAAGACGACGAAGAAGAGGAGGAAGAAGACGAAGAAGAGGAAGAAAACGAAGAAGAGGACGCACAAAACGAAUUAGAAAAUAAAACCGCCGUGGAAGCGAACAAGAUGGACCUUUUCGGAGAGGAAGACAUGACCGAGUCGAAGGAAAAAAAAGCCAAGUUGACCAAAAAGUUGUUACUCAUAGAGUCCAAGUGGAUAAUACGGAAGCUGAAAGAGAAAUAUCCAAAUUAUUUCACCCCAAGAAACAUGGAGAAAAUCAUCGAGCAAAAUUACGACAACACGUAUAGCCAUAUAAAGGUGCAGGAAUUCCUCAGUGAUAACUUCUUAUUAAAAAAAUGUAUCCUCACCUUAACGUUAUUAAUAAAAUAUAAAAAUGAGAUUCCAUUCAUUUUUUUUCACAAAUUCUACUUAAUCUCUCCACCAUUCAAUUUAAAUAUCCUAUGGGACAUAUAUGAGCUAGACAAACUGUGGUUCAAAACCUUCGUCAAAAUGAAUAAGCUAAGAAAUAGGCUCAAGCUGUUAAGCACUUCAUAUAGGGUCCAUUCUGACCUCUUUGAUAUUCUUGAUAAGACUAAUGACAUGUACUAUGAGGACAUCAACAUAUAUUAUUUUUAUGUUAAGCAUGAUCUUUUCAGAGGGAUGAAGAUGGAAGAGAAUGCGCUGGGGAGGCACUCCUCCAUUCUUUGCAUCAAGGACCAUGCGGAGGGAAACAACCGUCUAGAAAAAGCUAAUACGAUGGACAGAAAUGAAGAUCCGUCCGUUACACCAUCCGCCAUAAGUUCCGGCAACGAAAAAAAGUAUAUCCAUUCCGGGGAGACCACUGACGACGACGCGGACAAUCCCGCGGAUGAUCUCUUUGGAGACAAACUACUCGAUGAAAACAGCUCAAAUAAAAAGGUGGCGAAGAAGAACGCGACGAAGAAGAACCUGACGAAGAAAAAGGCCGAGCCAAAGCUGUACAACGAAAAGAGUAUCCCAGGAUUGCUCUUCCUCGAGUACGUAAAAAAAAACAAAUUCAACAUCUGGGAUGAUUACCUCCUCACCACCGAAGAAUUUUAUGAAAACAUUGCUUACGUUUAUGACCUAAUAAAGGACGAAACCAUUUGGCCGGCAGACGACACAGAGGAUGAGGAGAAGCAGCACCCGUACGAUGACUACAAAUACGGGGAUAGCAAAAGUAAGAAGUAUGCCAAACAUGAAGUGGACACGCCCCAUGGGAAAGGGAAAGACAGAAGAGAGCAAUUAACCAUCUUCACGUAUAACUGCUCCAAGAUCAAACACAUGGUAACAAAUGUCCCAGAAAUCUAUGGCAACGAUGUGAACGUCCAGAGUCAGGUGGAGGAUUGGUGUAAAUCAUUCUUCCCUCGAGAAGUAUCCAACAAUAAAGAGAUUUUCAAGACACUCAUUUGUUACUAUGCCAAACUGUUGGCGUCCCAUCCUUGCGUGAAAUACAUUUUUAGGUUUUUCUUCCUGAAGUACGCGUCCCUCACGACGGUGAGCACUAGCCAGGGCGAGGUUCACAUCGAUAUCAGCAGCCCGGAUUACUUCUCAUUCCGGCUAUUUAGAUUCCCAGUGCAUCUCUUGCUGUGCGGAGAGUAUAAAGGUGGGGGCGCCAUCGUCAGUGGGAGUGCCACAGUAGGUGGCAGCACCGGGAGCGCCGCCGACAGCACACCAUACCGCGCCUCGCACGACCCCUGCUAUGUGCACAACUACAAUGUAAACUUCUUCAACACCCAACUGGACGAAAGCGAGGUAAGCAUGGACGUGAAGAAGAGGGAGUUAGAAAACUACUACGCCAAGCACAAGUACAAACACAUUUAUCUAGAAAUUUUAAAGAACCGAGAUAACAAGUUAGUGCACCUGAUUAUGCACCCCAUAUUGCCGCACGAAACGGUACCAUGGAAAGGUGAAGAUUUUGUAGAGAGAGAAAAAUGUAAAAAGAAAAAAAAAAAAAAAAAUGAUCGAAAUUUGAAAUCCUACUUCGAAAAGGAAAGAAAUAAACUAUCCAAAACGGAAGCGAUGGACAACGAAUGGAUAAACAAUCUACUGAAGCAAUUGUCUUACGCCUACUGCUACAACGAUCUCGAAGACACUAAUCUCUUUGUCCAUGUACAGAAAAAAAUCUUAAAUAACUUCCUGUGUGUAGAAUUAUUGCCCCUAUUUAAAAAAAACCUAGAAAAUCUGCUACUCGCUAGUGCACAGAACUGGCUCAUGGUAUACAUUCAUCAGUCCUUUUAUCUCACCCUCAAUGUGAAACCAAUUAAAAUUUACAAAAAUGGGCAGGAAGAAAAGGGCAAACUACGAAAUAGGAGAAGCAGCAGAGACCUAAUUAUGGAUCGUCGAAAUAGCAGAGACGAUGAUAAUUACUCUUCAGAUUAUAAGAGCGAAGAUUCCUACUCCAAGUAUGACGAUCGGGAAAGCAGGCACCGUCAUCAUAGAGGGAAGAAAAAAUACUACAGUGACGAAUCCUACAGUAGCAGUGAUGAGGAUACUGGGAAAAGGUACAGCCGCAUUCGGAAGGAAGAGAAAAAAAGCAAAAAGAGGGAAAGCAAAUGGGGAGAAAGUGAUGACUUGGCCAAUGCAGAAGUGAAGGAAGGACACGUGAAGGAAGGACAAGCGAAGGAAACACAAAAGGGAAACAAAAAAGGAGGCACCAAUUGGGAUCUCAGAGCCGAUCGAAGUGCGGACCAAAUCGCAGACCAGAGUGCAGAUCCCAACUGGGACCUCAGGACGGACCAAAGUGUCAAACACAAGUCGGCUAAGCGGUCCAACAAAUCCGAACUCUUCGACUCUUCGCACUCCACUCAAAGUGACGAGGAAUACAAAUCGGAAAAAACAAUGAAAGAAAAAGAGAGUGGCUACAUGAAGAAUCUGUCCUAUGAUGAUAACUACUCGGACAAGUCUGAAAAAAGCUACAUUUCUAACAAACCAGAUGAAGAAAAGAAGAAACAGAAAAUUCUAAAAAGUAUAAAAAAAAAUCAUAACGUUUACGAAGUGGUCUCCAUAAUCUGUGAGCCGAUAAACUAUGGAAUCAGGCUGCACAUAAUGGCUUGCGACAUUUAUGGGGAUAUCAUCGAGUACCUCUACCUAGACAACGUCUACCUAGAUAUUGCAAAGAAGGAGAAAAUGCCAGUGGAGCAGGAGAAAAUUGCCAAAGAUAUGAACAUAUUUAGCAACUUCCUGAAGAAGAUAAAACCGGAUGUGAUAGUCAUCGGGGUUAGGGACGUGUACUCCUACCUGGUCUACUCGUACGUGUUGAACUUCGUCACCGGGGGUAUGCAAAACGCGGGGGAGGAGGCUCAGCGGUAUAGCAUGGGGGGAAGCGGCAAUUACUUGGUAAUCCCGGAAAACCUCUACAUCCCAAGCAUCGUAACGAACAGCCUAAAGUACAGCGCAGAUCUGACGAGCAAGUACUCGAGGCAGGCGCUGCUCUGUCUGUCCCUUUGCCGCUUUGUGCAAAAUCCACUUUGCGUAGUUAUAUCCCUUUUCGAGGAAGAGAACAGAAAUAUGUUCAACAUCUGCCUGCACGAUUUGCAGAAAUAUGUCUGUAGCUACAAACUAGAGUCUCUCUUCCAAAGAAUUAUAGUCGAUGUAGUAAACAAGACCGGGUGCGACAUCAAUUUUUUGAAGAAGAAAAAAAAACACUUAGGAGUUAUGUUAAGUUACGUGGCCGGAUUAGGGUUACGAAAAAGGGAAGAAUUGAUGAAACUCUUGCACAAUAGAAAUUUAACCACGAGGGAGGAUCUACUGACUCUAUCAUCGAAUAGGAACCUGAUAGGCAAAUGCACCUAUCGGAACUGUUCCUCCUUCAUUAGAAUUAUAGGCAACGGGGAAGAGUACGUAGAAGCGUUGGAUAACACGAGGAUUCAUCCCCUCAAUUGCUACGACAUCAUCCAUGAUCUUUUUAAAAAUGUUAUAGACAUGAAAAAGAAUAACUUCUUAAAGAGCACCUACGAUAUUGUUAACUACAUUAUUAACAAGAAGAAGCUUAUUCGAAAUAUGGAGAUAAAGGAGUAUUCUAGGCGAUUCUAUGAUGAGAAGAAGAUCUACAUUUACCCCUAUCUCAAAUUCAUUCAAACCGAACUGAUGCAUCCGUAUAAGGAUUAUCGUUACAACUACGAGAAGAAGAAGGAAGAGGAAUUGUUCUACCUAAUAAUCAAUGAGAAGAAAGAAAAUCUAUCCAUCGGAUCUGAAGUUGUGUGCAAAAUGGAUUACAUUAACAAAAAUAAUGGCUACAUUAAGAUCACCAUAUUGCCCUACAACAUCAGGGGCAUCAUUACCGAUUCGAAGGAGUUCCUACGACAGCUGAGAAAGUAUUACAUGGAAAGGAUGAACCUAAUUAACUCCAAUUUGGAAAAUAUGAACACGUUACAGAAGGGGCACCACCAAAAUCACGGGAAUAGCAACAAUUUGAAAGACACCGAAUAUAUUAAUAACUCCGUCGUGGGCGAACUAAUCAAAGGGAGAAUCAGCUCCAUCAGCUACAAUCUGUACAAUCGCUUCGAAACGAACUUCCACGUCGUCGUAACGGAUGAAAACAUUAAGAAGAUUAAGAAGGACACCUUUCUGGACAAUUUGAGGAGGCCACUCAAUUAUGAUUAUCUCUCCCCACUCGUCGAGCUCGACGUACACUACGACACAAACACGUUCAUAAAAAACCAUUUUAGAAAAUUAAACGACAAUGAACACUUUGAAGAUAUUGAUGAGGACGACGAGGAGGACGAAGAACAAACGGAGCAUCAGCAGAAUCAGCAGCAUCACCCGCAGCAGGAUGGACACGUGGCAAACCGCGGCGACGCCACCACUGGACAGCAAAAAGUCAAAAUGAAAAUGAAGAUUAAAAAUAAAAAUAAAUACUACCAAAGUAAAAGACUUAUAAAUCACCCUCAUUUCAAAUUAUGGAACUAUCAUGAGGUGCAUGCAUAUCUGAAGCAGACCAGUGUCCAGAUUGGAGAGUCCAUCAUUUACCCCUCCAAUGAAUUGAACAAGCUAUACUUACACAUAAAAACAUCCGAUGAGCCUUUCAUUAUUGCUAAGUUUACUGUCUACGAGAAGAACAUUCAGCAUGCCACUCACAGUGCCAGCGCCUCCGCCCUACAUAAACAGAUGCAACCGAUUCAAGAAGUGUACCUUAUAAAUAACGAGCAGUUCCAUUCCAUUGAUCAGAUCAUUUCCCUCUUCUGUGACAAACUGAAAAAGAAUCUAAUCGAAUUGUACAACCAUCCCAAGUGUAAGAGAAAAAAACAGAUCGACGAAAUUACCAAAGAGCUUUCACAGGAAAGUUUACUAAAACCGGAGAACAUCGUCUGGGCCCUUAUCCCCCCCAUUCCCCUCCCACCCAAGAGAAAUGCCAACGAAAGUGAUAAAACUCCCAUUCCAGACUUUAACCCCCUGCGAUUUACCCUCAUGGUCAUCCCCCCGCAUAAUCACCACCAACAGCUGUACGCAAAUUAUAACAGGGAGCUUCGUCCGAAGGACCACAUCGUCCUCCAGGAUUCCAUCUACGUUGACCAUAAGUCUUUCAAACUUUGGACCAGGGUUGAGCGCAACUUUAAAAAUCUCAUUAAGUGGUGGAAGGAGAAGGGCUACUGGAAUAGGCAGAACGAGCGUCAGGAAUACAUGAAUGAGAAGAAGAGGAAGAUGGAGGAGUACCGCCGCCUUCGCGGAGGCAGAGCCUGA